AUGACCGACAAUAACUCUCCGAUACCUCUGAAAGAGCUUUUUGACAUGGAUCGUAUAUCUUCUCCUACUUCUAGACUUCUCGUUUUCUUAUAUUCUCCUGUCGGUUUCUUCGUUUUUUUAUGUCGAAUUUUUCUUGGCUUGCACACAUUUUUCGUUGCAUGCUUACUGCGGAAGUCUACCGUACUACGAACGGCAGUCCUCCGGAUAAUGUGUGCUCUGUUAGGCAUUAUCGUUAAACAAGAAGGAGAGAGGGAUCCUUCUGUUAAAUUGAUAUCUGCCAAUCACGUGAGCGCUCUUGAUCAUUUAGCUGUUGAUUUGGUCGAAUCUUGUAUCCUUCCGUCCGUUUGGGAUAUUCCUUCUAUACUCAGAUGGUGUUUCGGCUAUGCUGACUUCGGCGCUCGUAGCGGAAGAGACGAACUAGUGAGACAGGGCAGAAAACACAUCCAAACUAGCGAGUUACCAAUUCUAUCAUUGCCGGAAGGUGCCAUAACUAGUGGAAAAAGCGCUUUGCUCAAAUUCAGCACUUGGCCUGCUGAAGUUUCUGAUUCUAUUCAACCCAUUUCUCUUCAUGUUUGGAGACCAAUCCAAGUCAACUCUUCAAUUCUUGGAGCUACCUGGUGGUCUGACGUUUUCUGGUUCAUGUUCCUCCCCAUGACUGUAAUUCAUCUCAAAUGGCUCCCUGUUCUACGUAGAAAUGAAGAUGAAUCUGUGGAAGAUUUCAGUAAGAGAUUAUCUAAAUCAAUAGCUGAAGAUUUGUCGAUCCAAUCAAGUUCCUGGACUAAUCUGGAUGCUGCGGAAGCCGUUAAGAGAAGAUUCAGAGCAGCAGUCAAUGCUAGUGCUGCCAAGAAGAAACCUUUGGAUCCUCGUAAAAUGGAUGAGAUAGCUAUGAGAAUCAAACAAUCACAUCCUAAAAUUCCAUUGUUGGUUAUCCGAUGGGAUUUGGACAAGACGAAAGAUUACAAUGAGACCAUAGAACGCAUAAAAUCAGGGAAGUUGAACGAAUCCAGUGAAACGGCGAAACUUUCGGGAAAAGUUCCAACAGAUCACUGUGAAUGGAAGAAGCUGUUUGAUAUUCGUAAAUGGGAGAUGAUCGAAUGUAACAGAGCCAACUACUUAAAGCGAAUGAAUAGAGAUCUAGCUUCGACAGAACAAUAG